GGGAGGAGAAGAGCGGGAUGUGAGCUGGAGUUUGUGUGUGCGGUAGCAGCAGCAGUGGCGGCGGUUGUUUGAUCAGUGCUAAGGCACUGCUGGCUUCUCUUUUAAUUUAAUUUUGAGGUGGUGGUGUGGGGAGGGAAGGAAGAGAGUGGAGUGGGGGUUUUUAUUUCCCCCGGGUGUCGGGUCGCUUGGCGGCCGCUGUGUGGGGAUGUCGGAGCCGCCGCUUCUCAGUCAGUUCGUGAAGGUAACCGGGAGGCCGCAGGCCGGGCCGCCAGGCUCUAAGAAGAAAGUCAGAUGGUUUCCCGUUAGGAGACUCUUCACACAACCCUGCCCCAGUCUCAGGAUUCCUUACAGGUUUUUAAAGACAGGCUUUACCUCUCCACCUGCUCGAAGUGGACAUCGUUGUGUUGCUGAUAAUUCAAGCCUUUAUGUGUUUGGAGGUUAUAAUCCUGACUUUGAGGAGUCAGGAGGACCGGGUAAUGAAGACUAUCCACUUUUCCGUGAACUCUGGCGAUAUCAUUUUGCUUCUGGCACCUGGCAACAAGUGGGUACAGAGGGGUUCAUGCCCAGGGAGCUUGCAUCUAUGUCAGUUGUUUUACAUGGUAAUAACUUGCUGGUAUUUGGAGGCACUGGCGUGCCCUUUGGUGAGAGCAGUGGGAAUGAUGUCCAUGUGUGCAAUGUUAAUUACAAGCGAUGGGCACUGCUCAACUGUCGAGGGAAGAAACCCAACCGCAUAUAUGGACAGGCGAUGGUGAUCAUAAAUGGAUACCUUUAUAUAUUUGGUGGGACAACUGGUUACGUUUACAACACAGAUUUGCACCGAUUAGAUCUUACAGCUCGGGAAUGGAUACAACUCAAACCAAAUAACCCUCCUAGUGAUUUACCUGAAGAAAGGUACCGACAUGAAAUUGCUCACGAUGGGCAAAGGAUAUACAUAUUAGGAGGAGGAACUUCAUGGACAACGUAUCCGCUGGAUAAGAUACACACAUACAACCUGGAGACUAAUACAUGGGAGGAAAUACAAACAAAACCACAGGACAGAAUAGGUUUUCCUGCUGCCAGAAGGUGUCAUAGCUGUGUACAAAUUGGGCAUGAUGUGUACGUGUGUGGUGGAUAUAAUGGUGAGGUAAUACUUGGGGACCUCUGGAAGCUCAAUUUACAGACUUUCCAAUGGACACGGUUGCCUGCGGAAAUGCCAGAGCCUGCUUACUUUCACUGUGCAGCUGUAACCCCGGCUGGCUGCAUGUACGUGCAUGGUGGAGUGGUCAACAUCCAUGAGAAUAAACGGACUGAUUCCCUCUACAAAAUCUGGCUGGUAGUGCCCAGCCUCUUUGAACUUUGUUGGGAGAGGCUGCUGAAGAGUCUCCCACACUUAACGCAGUUCUCCACCACACAACUACUCAAUCUUGGACUUACACAAGGACUUGUGGAGAGGUUGAAGUGACUGCCAGAGUGAAGAAGGUAGAGAGAGACAAACAGAUGUGGAUUCUGCAAUAUGGAUGAUGGGCAGUGUCGGAGGAAACUGCUGGGAAGAAUACUCCCCAAGGCCUUAUCUGCCAUAAGUGUUAGAUGUCUCAGCUACUUUUUAUUUUAGAAGACCUCCUGUCACUUGCUUGCAUUGUGAUGUGGACUGACCCCCCUCUCCCACCACCUUUUCACAAAGGCAAGUGGAGCCUACUUUGUAAUUUUUUUUUUAAAACUUGUGCCCUGACACUGGAACAGUUCCAGUUUGGAAUUGCAGGUCAGCCUGCCUCUAAAGGAGAGAGUCUGUUUCAGACUGUCUCAUCAAUUCCAACACCUUCAUGUCUCAGCAGUUUUUAAAAGUCCCAUUUAAUUCAAUAAAGUGUCAUUUUUUCCCCUCCCACAAACCAACUUCCAUGAGUGAGGUUUUAGAACUGAUGAUCUCACAUGAAACAGCCCUUUUUAAAAUUUUCUUUCAAAUUUGACAGACCUGCAGUGCAUGUCCAAUAUUUUGUUUCAAUUUCAGAUGUGAAACACUCUUUUCCUUUAUUUUCUUUUAGUAUCUGUUUUGCCAUCCCACCCCACUUAAAUCUUUGUAUCAAGAGCCAAAAACAAGCAAGCGGUUGCCUUAAUAUCAUUUUAAUCACCAAGUACUUUUCACACAUGCAGUGAGUCCAUCCAGAUUGUGUUUGAGCCAUGCUGAUUUGGAUUCAACUUGUUUUUUUAUAAAGCUAUAAUUAUAAGGAAAAAACAUUUCACGUUGCAUUCAUCUUACUGCCAUGCCUUAUAGAACCUCCAUCCCUCCCACAGGCUCUUUCUAACCUGUCAGUAAUUAAUGGGGGGGUGGUGGUGGUGGUUGUGGUUGUGGUUAGGGUCAGUUGAACAUUGAUAAAUUAUCCUUUGUGGAUGUUUAGACAAAAGAGAUUGAGUGGAAAAUAACUGGCUAUUCCAAACAUUAUGGGCAAUCACUUUUCCCUCAGAUUCCUAAUUUUCUGCAAGGGGGAAAGAAUCUCAGACACUUUAUGCAGCUGCAAUAAUGAACUGCAGUGGUGAUAGGUUGCCAACCUGGUAGGUUUCUACAGUACCCUUUCCAUAAUUUGUUACCCUAGCCCACAAAAAAAACCUGCUAAAAGACGACAUUCAACCAAUAGCCCAUUACUCAUGGGGAAUGGAGACAUUUGAAUUGUAAUUCUGGGGUUGGGGUUUGGAUACAGAAACCUGAUCCUAUCCCAGCGAGUUGAGAAAUCCUGCUUUCUAGCCCACCAUGAUGAUGAAGGUGCAUCCUACUCAAGCCACCUUAUCCUCUACUUGCUCAGGUAAAUUGUCUCAUUUCCCUUUACUCACUUCCUCGAGUGUCAUCUAACUCUAAGUCAGUGUACUUUUCAACCCCAUUGAGCCAUAACUCAAUAUGAAAUUAUCAAUGUUUUGGGAAUCUGUUCACUUCCAAUUUGGCCUGGCUGUUACUGUCUUUUGGCAACUAAUUAACCUUUCUCUGGAUAAGCCCAGGAUCAGAUGCAAUUAGUCUUUAAAGUUCAACUCUUGAAACCAAUUAUUUGAAUUAAUUUGCCCAGUGGCUACAGUAACAGCAGCAAUGUAGAGCAUAGCAAUUAUGUUUUGAGUAAUCAGGUUGGUUAAGAUUGAAAGUUGCUAAUUUUACAAGCUGCAAUGAAAAGUAUAUUUAAAAUAAUGAGGUGAUCACUAUGUAGUAUACACUAAGAACCAGCACCAUGCAAACCCAUUCAACUUCUAUCAUGGCAAGUAAUGUAUGCCGAGACUUUAGUAAAUAUGGUGUUCUUUGAGUAACUGUGAUAAGGAUUUGACCUGGUUCUUGUUUUAAAAAGUCAAUUUAUCAGAGGCCUGUUUUCAUGAAUCUGAAGUUUCACUCAAGGCACCCAAUGUAAGUGAAGUACUGAAAGAAAAAAGGUGGUCAGUCCUUGUAUUCUCCAUCUUUCUCACCACCACCACUACUUUGUCCAGGUUUGACUUUUAAAAUCACUGCAAGAUUUUCUUUCUCCCCACAUCUUUUGUUAAGUUAAUAAAAGCAUGGAUAAAUCUGAA